AGAAUGACAGCUGAGAACUCUUCUGUGACAGAGUUUAUCCUCGCAGGAUUAACAGACCAGCCUGGACUCCAGAUACCUCUCUUCUUCUUGUUUCUAGGUUUCUACAUGGUCACAGUGGUAGGGAACCUGACCUUGAUAACACUGAUUGGGUUGAACUCUCACCUGCACACCCCCAUGUACUUUUUCCUCUUCAACCUCUCCUUAAUAGAUUUCUGUUACUCCACCACCAUUACCCCCAAAAUGCUGAAGAGUUUUGUCUCAAAGCAGAAUAUUAUCUUGCAUGCAGGGUGUGUGACUCAACUCUUUUUCUUCUGCUUCCUUGUCAUCUCUGAGUCCUUCCUCUUGUCAGCGAUGGCAUAUGACCGCUAUGUUGCCAUCUGUAAACCACUGGUGUACACAGUCACCAUGUCUCCUCAGGUCUGUUUACGUUUAGUGUUGGGUGUGUACGUGAUGGGAUUUUCAGGGGCCUUGGCCCAUACGGGAAGCAUAGCAAGUCUGACCUUCUGUGCUGACAACCUUGUCAAUCAUUUCAUGUGUGACAUCUUUCCUCUCCUUGAGCUCUCCUGCAACAGCACUUAUGUGCAUAUACUGGUUGUCUUCAUAUUUGUGACCACUGACAUUGGAAUGCCCAUUGUCACCAUCUUUAUCUCUUAUGGCCUAAUACUCUCCAGCAUUCUCCACAUUCACUCCACUGAGGGAAGGUCCAAAGCUUUCAGUACAUGUGGCUCCCACAUAAUUGUGGUUUCUCUUUUCUUUGGUUCUGGGGCCUUCGUGUAUCUCAAACCACCUUCCAUUUUGCCCCUUGACCAAGGAAAAGUGUUCUCUCUGUUCUAUACCAUUGUGGUGCCCAUGUUAAACCCAUUGAUCUAUAGUUUGAGGAACAAGGAUGUCAAAGUUGCACUGAGGAAAACCUUGGGAAGAAAAAUAUUUUCUUGA